CCUCCUUGUCCUGCUGUAGAUGACAUGUGUGGAGAAAGCAGGCAACGACGAGAAGAUGCUCAUCAAGAUCUUCCGGUGCCUGGGGAGCUGGUUCAACCUGGGCGUCCUGGACAGCACCUUCAUGGCAAACAGCAAGUUGCUGUCCCUCCUGUUCGAGGUGCUGCAACAAGACAAGACAUCAUCAAACCUCCACGAAGCCGCUUCGGACUGUGUGUGCUCAGCCCUCUAUGCCAUUGAGAACGUGGAGACCAACCUGCCCCUGGCCCUGCAGCUCUUCCAGGGGGUCCUCACCCUGGAGAGUGCCUAUCACAUGGCUGUAGCACGGGAGGACCUGGACAAGGUGCUCAACUACUGCCGUGUGUUCACCGAGCUCUGCGAGACCUUCCUGGAUAAGAUAGUGUGCACCCCAGGCCAAGGGCUGGGGGACCUGAGGACACUGGAGCUGCUGCUCAUCUGUGCCGGUCACCCGCAGUACGAGGUGGUAGAAAUUUCCUUUAACUUCUGGUACAGACUUGGGGAGCACCUCUACAAGACGGACGAUGCCAUCAUCCACAGCAUCUUCAAAGCCUACAUCCAACGCCUUCUCCAUGCCCUGGCCAGACACUGCCAGCUUGACUCAGACCAUGAAGGUGUCCCAGAGGAGACAGAUGACUUUGGGGAGUUCCGGAUGCGGGUCUCGGACCUGGUCAAAGACCUCAUCUUCUUGGUGGGCUCAGUGGAGUGCUUUGCUCAGCUCUAUGCCACGCUGAAGGAUGGGAAUCCCCCCUGGGAGGUGACGGAAGCUGUCCUCUUCAUCAUGGCCUCCAUAGCCAAGAGCGUUGACCAGGAGAACAACCCGACGCUGGUGGAGGUGCUGGAGGGGGUGGUUCGCCUCCCUGAGACCGUGCACACGGCCGUGCGCUACACCAGCAUCGAGCUGGUGGGCGAGAUGAGCGAGGUGGUGGACAGAAACCCUCAGUUCCUGGAUCCCGUGCUGGGGUACCUGAUGAAGGGGCUCUGUGACAGGAGGUUGGCUUCAGCGGCAGCCAAGGCCAUCCACAACAUCUGCUCCGUGUGCCGGGACCACAUGGCUCAGCACUUCAAUGGGCUGCUGGAGAUCGCCCGCUCCCUCGACUCCUUCACGCUCUCCCCAGAGGCUGCUGUGGGGCUCCUCAAGGGGACAGCCUUGGUCCUGGCCAGGCUCCCCUUGGAGAAGAUAGCAGAAUGCCUCAGUGAACUCUGUGCCGUGCAAGUGAUGGCCCUAAAGAAGCUGCUCUCUCAGGAGCCAAGCAAUGGCCUCUCCUCAGACCCUACUGUGCCCCUGGAUCGACUUGCUGUCAUAUUCAGACACACCAACCCCAUUGUAGAAAAUGGACAGAUCCAUCCGUGCCAAAAAGUCAUUCAGGAAAUCUGGCCCGUGCUCUCGGAGACCCUGAACAAGCACAGUGCUGAUAACCGCAUCGUGGAGCGGUGCUGCCGCUGCCUGCGCUUUGCCGUGCGCUGCGUGGGCAAAGGCUCUGCUGCCCUGCUGCAGCCCCUCGUCACCCAGAUGGUGAAUGUCUACAGGGCCCACCAGCACUCCUGUUUCCUCUACCUGGGCAGCAUCUUGGUGGACGAGUAUGGGAUGGAGGAAGGCUGCAGGCAGGGGCUGCUCGACAUGCUGCAGGCACUGUGCAUCCCUACCUUCCAGCUCCUAGAGCAACCCAACGGCCUUCAGAACCACCCCGACACCGUGGAUGACCUCUUUCGAUUAGCAGCCAGGUUUAUCCAGCGCAGCCCUGUCACCUUGCUACGGAGCCAGGUGAUGAUCCCCAUCCUGCAAUGGGCCAUUGCUGCCACCACCUUGGAUCACCGGGAUGCCAACUGCAGCGUCAUGAAGUUCCUACGGGAUCUCAUCCACACCGGGGUGGCCAACGAUCACGAGGAAGACUUUGAAGUGCGAAAGGAGCUCAUCAACCAGGUGAUGAACCAACUGGGCCAGCAGCUUGUCAACCAGCUCCUGCACACGUGCUGCUUCUGCCUCCCACCCUACACCCUGCCUGACGUCGCCGAGGUGCUCUGGGAGAUCAUGCAGAUCGACCGGCCGACCUUCUGUCGCUGGCUGGAGAACUCACUGAAGGGUCUACCAAAGGAAACGACGGGAGGAGCCAUCCAGGUCACACACAAACAGCUCACGGACUUCCACAAGCAGGUCACGAGCGGUGAGGAAUGUAGACAAGUCUGUUGGGCUCUGAGGGACUUCACCCGCCUGUUCCGAUAGCUCCGGCAUGGCGCCUGUCUCCCAGGAAUGUCUUUGAAUUCAAAGACAGGAAACGAAGAAAACCCCAAGAAUGUGUCCCACCAUCAGCAAAGUUCAUCGUGGCCACGGGGCUCUUCCACUGCCUGUAGCCGGCGGGAGGACAGCGCGAGUAUCCCGGCAGAUUCGCUUCCUGAAGGUCGGCUCCCGAAAUGAGAAACCAAACAAUAGGGAUGGGGG